AUGCGACCAGAGGGCAUCACUCCCAAUGCGCGCUUGCCCGUUUUGUUCUGGAUCAAUGGUGGUGCGUUCGAACUUCGCAGCUCGCAGCCAUACAACGCUUCCGUCCUCAUUCCCAGAGACGUAGCUCAAGGCAAACGGUUCAUCCUCGUCUCCGUCAACUAUCGCCUUGGCGGGUUCGGCUUUCUCGGAGGGAAGGAGCUACUUGCGGAGGGGUCUAUAAGCCUCCGUCUCCUCGACCAGAGAGUGGCCUUAGAGUGGGUGGCUCAAAACAUUGCAGGCUUCGGUGGUGACCCAGACGCGGUCACCAUAUGGUGCGAAAGCACCGGCGCAUUUAGCGUCUUUGACCAUCUUGCACUUUAUGAUGGCGACAAUACCUAUAACGGCCGCCUGUUGUUUCGAGUCGGCAUUAUGAAUAGCAGCAUCCUUGUUCAAGCCGGCUUGAAGCACGCAGACAUUAGAGCUGCCCUAUGUCUCGUCUCGCUUGAUGAUGGAUCGUUUUCAUUUGUCCAAAAGCUGCCGUCGUUAUAUUCUUAA